GCCGCUUUCGUGGGUGCAUUCCUGGCUCUCCAGCCCGGGGCGGAGGAGCGCCCGGGCUGAGUCUGCGGUCCCCGCCGGGUUCGGGGGCUGGAGGGAGCUAGGAGCGGGGCCGCGGAGGACCCAGGAAGGCCGUUGGUGGGAAGCCCAGCCUGGGCCCCGUGAGCAGCAGGAAGGAGAUGCAGCUACUGUUGGCCCUGUUAGGAGUCCUGCUGAGGGCGCGCUGGGCUCCAGCUUUGUCCUUUGAGGCCUCUGAGGAAGUGGAGCUGGAGCCCUGCCUGGCCCCCAGCUCGGAGCAGCAAGAGCAGGAGCUCCCUGUGGCCCUUGGGCAGCCUGUGCAGUUAUGCUGUGGGCGGGCUGAGCGUAGUGGCCACUGGUACAAGGAGGGCAGUCGCCUGGCAGCUGCUGGCCGGGUACGAGGCUGGAGGGGCCGCUUGGAGAUUGCCAGCUUCAUACCUGAGGACGCUGGCCGCUACCUCUGCCUAGCACGAGGCUCCAUGCUUGUCUUGCACAAUGUCACCUUAGUUGUGGAUGACUCCUCGACCUACAGCAAUGGUGAUGGGGACCCCAAGGCCCACAGUGGCCCUUCAAAUAGGCACGUUUACCCACAGCACGCACCCUACUGGACACACCCCCAGCGCAUGGAGAAGAAACUGCAUGCAGUGCCUGCUGGGAACACCGUCAAGUUCCGCUGUCCAGCUGCAGGCAACCCCACUCCCACCAUCCGCUGGCUCAAGGAUGGACAGGACUUCCACGGAGAGCAUCGCAUUGGAGGUGUUCGGCUGCGCCAUCAGCACUGGAGCCUGGUGAUGGAAAGUGUGGUGCCCUCGGACCGUGGCACAUACACCUGCCUUGUGGAGAACUCAGUGGGCAGCAUCCGCUACAGCUACCUGCUGGAUGUGCUGGAGCGGUCCCCGCACCGGCCCAUCCUGCAGGCGGGGCUCCCGGCCAACACCACCGCAGUGGCGGGCAGCGACGUGGAGCUGCUGUGCAAGGUGUACAGCGACGCCCAGCCCCACAUCCAGUGGCUGAAGCACAUCGUCAUCAACGGCAGCAGCUUCGGGGCCGACGGCUUCCCCUAUGUGCAAGUCCUGAAGACUACAGACAUCAAUAGCUCAGAGGUAGAGGUCCUAUACCUUCGGAACGUGUCGGCCGAGGAUGCAGGCGAGUACACCUGCCUGGCAGGCAACUCCAUCGGCCUCUCCUACCAGUCGGCCUGGCUCACGGUGCUGCCAGAGGAGGACGUCACAUGGACAGCAGCAGCGCCCGAGGCCAAGUACACAGACAUCAUCCUGUACUCGUCGGGUUCUCUGGCUUUGGUGGUGCUCCUGCUGUUGGCUGGCCUGUAUCGUGGGCAGGUACUCCAUGGCCGGCAGCCCCGGCAGCCCGCCGCGGUGCAGAAGCUGUCCCGCUUCCCUCUGGCCCGACAGUUCUCCCUGGAGUCGGGCUCCUCGGCCAAGUCAAGCUCAUCCCUGGUGCGGGGCGUCCGGCUCUCCUCGAGUGGCCCCCCCUUGCUCGCUGGCCUCGUGAGUCUAGACCUCCCUCUGGACCCGCUGUGGGAGUUCCCCCGGGACAGGCUGGUGCUUGGGAAGCCCCUGGGUGAGGGCUGCUUUGGGCAGGUCGUGCGUGCAGAGGCCUUGGGCAUGAACCCCGCCCAGCCUGACCAAGCCAGCACUGUGGCCGUCAAGAUGCUCAAGGACAACGCCUCUGACAAGGACUUGGCAGAUCUCGUCUCUGAGAUGGAGGUGAUGAAGCUUAUCGGCCGGCACAAGAACAUUAUCAAUCUGCUGGGUGUCUGCACCCAGGAAGGGCCCCUGUAUGUGAUUGUGGAGUGUGCCGCCAAGGGAAACCUGCGGGAGUUCCUGCGGGCCCGACGCCCCCCAGGCCCUGACCUCAGCCCCGACGGGCUGCGGAGCAGUGAGGGGCCACUCUCCUUCCCUGCCCUGGUCUCUUGCGCCUAUCAGGUGGCCCGAGGCAUGCAUUAUCUGGAGUCUCGGAAGUGCAUCCACCGGGACCUGGCUGCCCGAAAUGUGCUGGUGACAGAGGACAACGUGAUGAAGAUCGCUGACUUUGGGCUGGCCCGUGGCGUGCAUCAUAUUGACUACUACAAGAAAACCAGCAAUGGCCGCCUGCCUGUCAAGUGGAUGGCACCUGAGGCCUUGUUUGACCGAGUCUACACACACCAGAGUGACGUGUGGUCAUUUGGGAUCCUGCUGUGGGAGAUCUUCACCCUCGGGGGUUCCCCGUACCCUGGCAUUCCUGUGGAGGAGCUGUUCUCACUGCUGCGGGAGGGCCAUCGGAUGGACCGGCCUCCUCACUGCCCUCCAGAGCUGUAUGGGCUGAUGCGCGAGUGCUGGCACGCGGCGCCCUCUCAGAGGCCCACUUUCAAGCAGCUGGUGGAGGCACUGGACAAGGUCCUGCUGGCCGUCUCUGAGGAGUACCUUGACCUCCGCCUGACCUUUGGACCCUACUCCCUGGCCGGUGGGGAUGCCAGCAGCACCUGCUCCUCCAGCGACUCUGUCUUCAGCCACGACCCCCUGCCACUGGGGUCUAGUGCUUUCCCCUUCUCUGGGGUGCAGACUUGAGCGGGGGCAUGAGGCCAUGUGAGCAGGACAGCCCGCAGCCUUGUGCCUGCUGGCUCAGCUGCGACCCACUGGUGCUUGACCGUGGCAGCUGCAGGCCCGGGCUUCAGGUUGCUGUCCCAGAUCUCCAGGUCUGCUUUGGGGAGGUCCUGGGUCCUGGGGUCCCUAGUUGAGGCUUCUGGCUCUGGCCUCGGGUUCCACUCCAGCCUCAGGCCCUGGCCUUGCCCUGGGAGUCAUGGCCCCACAUUCUAAAGGCCUUGUCAUUCGAAUGGCCAGAGUGUUAGGGCUCCGCCUGGCGUCUGGGCCUUGGCACUCGGUCCUGGUUCCAGGGCUUUGGCUGGACCUGGGUGCAGGGCUGUCCCAAACCUCCCUGCUUCCCCCAGCCUCCCCUCUGAUUCUUGUCCCAGUGUCUUGGUGGUAGGAGCUUCAGCCCCUGUGCUCCUGAA